AUGGCAGGAUGCAUCAUCUCCCCGCAAGCCUUCACCAAAUCAAUGGAGGUGAUCAUCCAAGCUUCCAAAUGGGUUGUAGGAGGGGAACGACUACAAGCUGGACAACAGCUACAUCCUAUUCGUGCCUACAUGUAUGACAUGACCACCCUGACCUCAACCAUCCCAUGUACCAAGCAUCUUUUGGAGACACUACAUCACAACAUAACAUGGGCACAGAUGAAGUUGAAAUCCAGCAAAUCCAGGAGCAUAUCCAUCGCCAGAGGAAAACUUGUGGACCAGAGAUUUUAUAUUAUUAAAGCACCCAUUCCAAUGGUGUCAGAGCAGCCGAUCAAAAGCUUGGGUCGAUGGUACGAUGCAAGCCUCAAAGACUCAGACAAGAGCGAUCAACUGUGGGAGGAAACCAUCAAAGGCCUUGUCACCAUAGACAAGACCUCACUCCCAGUCCAGAAGCUAGAGAGGACAGUCAGCUCCUACAUCAAAAUGGCUGCUCCCAAACAGGCAACUGGGAGGAAGUGGACCCCAUCUGAGGCUGUGCAGCAGGCUAAAUCUGCUCUCAGGCAUCGGAACAUAGUGGGGCAGGUUCAGCAGGGAACCAUCGAACAAGUGCAGUCCCCUGAGGUCAGGGCCUCUGACUCUCCAACCCCUGUGGAAGACUCCAAAAGUGACCCACUGAUGUUGGGGAGUGAGUCCCCACCUGUGCUGGAGCAACAACCAUACACUCCUGCAGAGGAACUGUCCCUUUCUAACAAUGAGGGUCGACCCUCGCUGGAGGUCUGCCCUCAGUUUGAGUUUCACUCACAUUUUGGAGCAACAUUGAAUUGCAGCAGCCCUACUCCCGAAGCCCUGUUUGAUGCCCUCGACAAGGAACUGUUCUCUAAAAAACUUUGGCGUCCUGUACAAAACUUUUCAACCCCAACUAAUGUCAACAUAUCUUUCACCCUGGUGGGCAUUUUAGGAGUGGAUGAAAAACACCAGUCCCUUACCGUUUACUUAUGGCAAGUCCUUAAGUGGAAUAUAGAGGGGCUGAGUUGGGAUGAGGAAGAAUGUGGAACUUGGAGAGUCUCUGUCCCUCGAGACAAACUGUGGGUCCCAGACGUCCACAUCUCAGAGUUUAUGAGUCAAGGCCAGUCUCCCAAGACUCCCUACGUGUACUUAGACAACAAGGGUCAUAUAUACGACGAUAGGCCGCUCAGGGUGGUCAGCACUUGUCAAUUAGGAAUCUACACGUUCCCCUUCGACUUCCAAAACUGCUCUUUGACCUUCGGAUCCUACCUGCACUUUGGUUCGGACAUAAGGAUGGUUCAAGACUAUGAUGCCGAGGGCAUUCUGGAUGAGUCCAGAGAAGUGAUGCAAACCAGCGGGGAAUGGGAGCUUUUAGAGCUCAAAGCAGCUCCAUCUGUCCUUGAGUUAGAUGUGGGCAGCUACUAUGAGAUUAAAUAUUUUCUUGUUCUAAGGCGCAUACCAGUCCUCUAUGUGUUGAAUCUCCUGAUUCCCAGCUGCUUCCUGAUCACAGUGGACCUCUUCAGCUUCCUGUUGCCCCCUGAGAGUGUGGACCGCUCUGCCUUCAAAAUGACCCUCAUCCUGGGCUACACUGUCUUCCUCCUGCUAAUGAAUGACCUGCUGCCCGUCACUGGAGAGACCGCACCCCUAAUCAAUAUUUUCUUCUCCAUCAGUUUCGCUCUGAUGAUGGCCAGCCUGUUGGAGACAGUGUUUAUCACUCAUGUCCAGUUCAGUUCCAGUCGCUACAAUGCAGUGCCUCACUGGCUCAGCGUCCUCGCGCUGCAGUAUCUGGCUCGAGUCGUUUGUAUCCCUCCCAAACAACCCAGCAACCGAGUCACAGUCACCAUCAACCCCAAGGCUACAGUACAACCAGAGAUGAGCAUCAGUAUCUCACCUACUGCUGGUGAAAAGGCACAGUCUCCGAUCCACAUCUCAGCAGCAGUUUCUCCAGAGAAACCUCCUCCGAACCCGUUGGAGCCGGCACUAGAUGAGCUGAGGAAGCUGAGCAGGGAUCUCCUGGCCAUACGCCUCCAGAUGGAUAAACACUUGCAGGGGAGCGAGAGCUCAGAGGAAUGGAAAAUGAUUGGAAUGGUCUUUGACCGUCUUCUAUUUGGUGUCUACAUAGCCUUCAUCACUAUGAGCUUCAUCACUAUUAUGUGUAUCUGGAUCCAGAGUGCCUCAAGGUCUUCCUCUGUUUCUCUUGCCUUGUAG